UUGUGUGCUUUUACUUUCAGGCUUCGUGCAGUUCGCAUGCGGCUGUGAGCCACUCGGCUGGGGCUGCUCUCCUCACUCCCAGAUCAGCCGCGCCUCCACGAUGAAAUCCCUUGAUCCAGCGGCUUCGCCACGGACCCGGGGAACUCCGAGAGUAGAGGCGGCUCCUUUCCUUUGCUUGGGCUCCCUUUCCCUCCCCGCCCACUGAGCAUGGUGCUUACAGCAAUUAUUAUUAUUAUUAUUAUUAUUAAUUAUUAUAAUUAUUAUUCACCACCGGGCAUGUGAAGCCCCGAGCAUCAUGCCAGCAACGUGCACUUUUCUGAUCCAUCAAUUCUGCCUCCUCCUGCUCGUGGGGCUGCAUCUCUUUGUGGGAUCUUUCCCCCUCGCCUCCCCGUCCUCCUCCUCCUCUCCUUCCUCCUCCUCUUCCUCCACCACCGAUCGCUCCCGUUUCGCCACGACGGGGCCGCGGGGAUCUACCCAUCCCCAGGAGGACUCCUCUUUCUCGGCGGCUUCCUUGCUGCUUCCCAGGGCGAAGGACAGCCCGGAGCCUUCCGUGGCAUCUGUCGACGCUGGAGACCUGGCCAUUAUGAGCAGCGAAAGUUCCAACAUUGAAACAAGGACUUCCAGCUCUUAUGCACACAGUACAGAUGCCUUCAGUGCCCUUGGCAGUGUCAAAGGAAGGACACUGUGGACGAUAACCGACCGUGCUUCUGUGUCUACAGCCAGAACAAGAAACUCUGCUUAUAUUGAAAUGAUCAGGUCUGGAGAUACAGCUCAGCAGUCAUCUUUGGUGAUGCAGGCCAGAACAUCUGAUGUCUCACCAAGUUCCUUGGAUAUUGCUGAAUUUGAAACAGGUACUUUGAGGAUACAUUCUCCCAGGACGCUCCUUUCUUCACUUUCAGAGGAUAAUCACCCAAUUACUGGGAGCAGCCACCAUAUAGAUAGAAGGUGGGAUGCAGACAGCACAACAUCCAGUUUGCAUAUCAUAAGCAUGGACAGUUCAACAACGGCCAACAGGGGCACAGAAAGGACUUCACAGUUUCUUACAGACAGUGUCGCUCUGACUGAUUCAUCAAGAAAAGACCCAGUUUUUCAGAGGGAAGUCACGACUUUUCCUGAUGGAACCCAGUUCCCAUCUCAUGCGGCACAUUCCAGAGGAAGAAGUAACACAUCAAAGGUCACACAAUUUCCUGAUUCUUCAGCAAGGAUUCGGCUUGCCCAGUCUUACUUGCCUCCAAAGACUACUGCAGAAGACAGUAGUCAUCCAAGGAGUAGCUCAAAUACAGAGAGAAGCAUUUCCAGUUCCCACACAGAUGGUGUGUCUGUUUCGGGUUUAAAUGACAGGGGUGGAGAGAGGACAUUACGGACUUUAAGAGAUGUCAGCAGUUCUCUUAAUGCAACGCAAAUAUCCCCAACCACAAGCAAUGAAAUCUCCACCUCUUCAGGCCUCAUGGGUUCCUCACAUGUGUUAACUCCAGUACAGACUGGACAAAUGGAUUCAUCACCAGAGGACAAUGAUUUUACUGAAGCAGCACUUCCACAUUUCCAAGCUCCUUCAGAAACAACAGCUGCAGAAAACAGUGGUCAGCCAAGGAGCAGCUCAAAUACAGAGAGAAGUGUUUCCAGUUCUCACACAGACGGUGCGUCUGCUUCAGGUCUAACUGAUAGGGGCGGUGAGAGGACAUCACGGACACUGAGAGACGUCAGCAGUUCUCUUAAUGCAACACAACUAUCCACAAUGGCUAGCAAUGAAAUCUCCACCUCUUCAGGCCUCACGAAUUCCUCUCACAUGUUAAUUCCAGUACAGACUGGACAAAUGGAUUUGUCACCAGGGGACAAUGAUUUCACCGAAGUAACGCUUGCACAUUCCCAGGCUUCUUUGGGAAUGACAGCUACUGAAGAUCUUGAUCACCAGCCAGCCAGCAGCUCAGAUACAGAGAGGAGUAUUUCUAGUUCUCAUACUGACAGUGCAUCUAUUUCAGUUCUACCUGACAGAGGUGGAGAGAGGACAGUACAAACUCUAAGCAACAACAGCAUUUCUCAGAACACAACACAAAAGUCUAUUGCUGGUAAUACUGAAAUCUCCAGCUCUUCAGCCCUCCCUAAUUCUUCUUACAUGUUGACUCCAGGGCAGACCGGACAGACGAAUUUGUCAACAGAGGACAGAGUUACACAUUCCCAGUCCCCUUCAGAAGCAACAGAUGUUAGGAGUAGCCAGCACACAUUCAACAACUUUGAUACAGAGGAAAGGGUCUCUCAGACUGAGAGUAUGUUCUCUACUGCCACAUUCAUCAAAAGUGGAGAUGGGACAUUCAGAUCUCUAGCUAUCAAGAGCAAAUCCACAGAUGCAACAGAGCUAUCAACCUUUGAUCUGGAAAAUGUCAGCUCUUUAGAUUUAACCCAGAACUCAUCAACUUCAGCCCAAAGUGGAAAGGAAAGUUUUCCAUCUACCCAGAUGGAUUUCAGUGAAUCCUCAAAAGAGCAUUUAUUUACAUAUUCCUCCAAAACAUCUGCCUAUUCAUCUUCUGCAAUAGAUCUUUCAAGUACUGGAAGCAGUCUUCAGCCAGUUAAAGUGUCUGAUGUGGAAAGAAGGCUUUCUGGGGCUUCUACAGACAGCAUAUACCUAUCAACUACAUUCAUGCAUGGUAGAGAGAGGACCUCGCGGUCUUUACCAGAUAACAGCACAUCUCCUGAUGCAACAGACAGUACCACUUACAAUACUGAAACUUCCGAGUCUUCAGAUCCGACCCUGAGCUUGAAUUCCAAAGGAGGAACUCAUAAUGUCUCACAAAGUGAAGUGCAAUCUGCUGGACCUUCUACUGAGCACCUGCUUCAGCAUUCCUCUGAAGUUCCAAUUUCCCCAUCUUCACCAAUGGAUCCGUCAAUUCUUGGAAGUAGUCAUCAUUCAAUGAGUGACACAAGCAUUUCACACUCUUACACUGAAAGCACUUACCAUUCAGCAACUUUCAGCAAAGAAGAAGCACAAACUCUACAAUCCAUAGUUAACAAUACAUUUGCUGGGGCAACUGAAAGAACCUUUUCAUAUAUAGAAGAGUCCAACGACUCAGAACUAAAUCCUUCCUUGCCAGAAGCAUACUCUACUGACUUCUCAGUAAAAGGUUUUGAUACUUCUGGGCCUUCAACUGAGUCUUUCCAAAACCUCAGCUCAUCCAGGAUACCAACUUACUCUUCCUUCCAAAGUGAACCUUCAGACACUGGAACAGACUACCAGCCAAUGAGUAGCACUGACACUGGAAAAAUAAUCUCUGUUUCUCAUACUGACAGCACGUACAUUUCAACCACUUUCACAAGGGGUGGAGAAAGGACGUUACUGUCUAUUCCAAAAAGCAGCACAUCGGCUGACUUGUCAGAAAGUUCCACUUUUUAUGCAGAAAUUUCCAGCCCUUCAGAUUCAGCUCGGUCCUCAUUUUCUGUGACCCAGAUCAGAGGAAGCAACAUGUCCUCUGGCAACAUGGGUUUCUCCGCACCGUCAACAGAACCAUUGUCUGUACACGCCCUGAAAACACCGGCCUACUCUUCCACAGUCAGUGAGCUGCAUGCAACUCAGUUAUAUUCGAAAUCCGAACUGACAUCUGCUGGCAGCUUGUCAUUUACACCUUCCUCUUCAGCAUCACUGAAACAGGAUUCACUUCCACCCACUCAGCUGCCAACUCUGUUUUUGACCUCAGAAUCCCCUCUUCCGUUGUCUUCCUCUGCUUUCCCAUCCCUGCAUUCAUCAUCCCCACAAACACUUUUGCCAGCUUUUUCACGCAGGCAGUCGCCAGCAGCACUGCCCACGCUGCCCCCAUCCUCAUCUUUCUUGCCUCCUCUUUCCUCAACACCGUCGUUGCUGCAGCCUAGUGAGCCUUUGGCAAGCAGUGUUUCUGUGGCUGCAUCUGAAGGGACAACUGGAACAGAGCCACCCACAGCUGGAAGUUCCAACAGGCCGUUCAGCAACCAGACUGGGACAUACCUGCUGAAGGACAGCACUGAUCUGGGGACAACAGGAUCUUCUCUUAUUCUGACCCAAACUACUGAACAGCUCACAGACCACUUGUCACUUUUGACAGUAUCCCUAGAUGAAACCAAGGGGUCAGAGGGGCAAAAUGUUUCUCUCCCAGGGACCAGGGUUGGAGAAAUGCCUCCUGUUCCGACUACGUCUCCCACGUACAGGGUUGAGAGUACCACAGUUUCAGAGACAGCCAAAGCAACAACUGCUUCGUUGCCAUAUACAACCACUCUAGAGGAUGCCUUCAGUUUGGUGGGGGUAACCACAGGAAAGAACCUUGUAAAUAUAGCACACACAACGCUAGGAUUACCUACGUUGGCAUCAAGCGCGGAUUAUGUGGUCACUACAAAGCCUCAGAAAGUGCGUCCUCCCCUUCCCACCAAGACGCCAUCUUAUGCCACUGGAACGCCCACAAAAGAGAUGGAAACGAGCACCACAGCUGCUUCUGAAACCACUGGUUCCAGAGCCACUACUGCCCACCCUCCCAAAAUGUUUCCUUCCAGCAAAACCACUGCAGGGACUGUUUCUGCUUCACCGGUUCCCACCAAAGCCACUACAUUUGCACGGGCAGGAAGUCCAAGGACAUUUCCAACUUCCCGUGGAAAAGCUAAUGCAUGCACCGCAGAGACUUGCCUUAAUAAUGGGAAAUGCAUUGUGGAUAACUUGAUGGACAAAUUCCAGUGCCAGUGUUCACCUGGUUGGCAGGGAGAGGACUGCAGUACGGAUGUAGAUGAGUGUCUGUCUAAUCCAUGCCCGGCCUUGGCCACGUGUACUAACACACAAGGUUCGUUCCAUUGCACGUGUUCCCUGGGCUACCAGAUGGAGAAAGGAAAGUGCAAUUUAGUUCGAACCUUUGUUGGCCAGUUUAACACAACUGGAGGGCAGUACUCAGAGUUUCAAGUUGAAGAAGCUAUUACAAACAUGCUGAACAAUUCUCUUUCAACAUUGCCAGGCUAUUACACUUCCACUGUUAAAGCAUCCAGGCAGUCGGGCAUCAUGCAAGUGUCUGUCUUGAGCACCUUUUCUUUAAUCUCCAACGUCACCCUUUUUGAGGUUGCUAGCACUGUGCGAAGCCAUAUUCGAGCCUGCAAGGCUCCCACACAGACUUGCCAGUUCAUCUCUAAACUUACACUGCUCCACAGAGUUGGCGGUCUGUGUAAACACAAAGAUCCGGAAUGCGACAAAGAAACUUCUGUGUGUGUGGACUUGGACGGCAUUGCAGUUUGCAAGUGCCAGGCUGGAUACUUCAAAUACAACAAACUGGAUCAUUCCUGCAGAGCUUGUGAAGAUGGGUAUAAACUUGUGAAUGACACUUGUGUGAGUUGCCCAUUUGGAUUAGGAGGAUUCAACUGUGGGAAUCCGUAUCAGCUAAUCACCAUUGUGAUCGCAGCAGCUGGAGGGGGACUUCUGCUCAUCAUGGCGAUAGCUCUCAUUGUCACAUGCUGCCAGAAGAAUAAAAAUGACAUAAGCAAACUCAUCUUCAAAAGUGGAGAUUUCCAGAUGUCGCCAUAUGCUGAGUAUCCCAAAAACCCUCGAGCUCAAGAUUGGGGGAGAGAAACCAUUGAAAUGCAAGAGAAUGGGAGCACUAAAAACUUACUACAGAUGACAGAUGUUUACUAUAUGACAACCAACCCAAGGAACCCUGAGCUAGAAAGAAACGGGCUGUACCCACCUUACACAGGUCUUCCGGGAUCCCGGCACUCCUGCAUCUACCCUGGCCAAUACAAUCCUUCCUUUGUUAGUGAUGACAGCAGAAGAAGAGAUUACUUUUAAUGGAAUUGCAGGAGAGAGAUGGGAACGUGAAUGGAACAUCGGUCAUUGCCUGCUAAUUCUUUUCUGGGUUCACUUCAAUUAUACAGCUCAGAUGCGGGCAUAGUUUGUAUACAGAAAGGAAACUUUGAGUCCUUGGAGGACACUGAACAGGGUUGUCCGAAAGGAGCCAUUUGUAGCUGUUGUUGAACAGCAAAGGGAAGGCAGGUGUAAAGAGCAAGUCAGCACACAGGCCUGUCUAAGAGGCAAGGGGGAAGCUUAAAGGAGUUCCCGUGUGUACAUUCUGCAUCUUUCCUUAUCACUAAUUGUGUCACAUAAUGUGAAUUUGAUAGUAGUUCACUAAAGCAAAGCUAACAAACGCUGUGGAUGACACUCUAAAUCUAACGCCAGUAAAGUGUGUUGUGUUUACAGUUAACAACUUGUGCUGUGUUUGUGUUGCCCACGUUUUAUGCAAAGCUGCAUUGAGUGGAUUUUGUGGAAAGAACCAUUUCUCUGUCACCAGGUAUCUAUUAAUGGGUACUGAUGAGAUAGUCACUGAAUGCUGGGGAUGUGUAUGGGAAUAUGGCCUAAAGAUGGGGGUUCUAUGUGUAAUGUGCAAAGUUCAGGGUCCUUUUUCUUUUCUUAGGAUAAUGCAUCUUCUUAUUUCCUGUCUUGUCAUUCAGUUGUGUAUUGACUCAGUUGCAAUGGUGCUUGCUCCUGCCCUCUGUUUGCCCCCAAUU